AUGGCCAGCGUGAGUAGCGCGGAUCCGCCUCCCCGGCCUUACCGCCGUAGCGGCCCCGGUCUCCGCCGGCCUGCGGUGCUCUGUAACAGAGCAAGAUUGGUCACCUACCUACCAGGGUUUUAUUCCUUAGUCAAAAGAGUUGUAAAUCCCAAGGCUUUUUCUACAGCAGGUUCCUCUGGCUCAGAUGAGCCUCAUGUUGCUGCUACACCUCCUGAUUUAUGUCCAAGAACUGUAUGGCCAGAUGAAGUAAUGGGUCCGUUUGGUCCUCAGGACCAGAGAUUCCAGUUGCCUGGUAACAUUGGCUUUGACUGUCACCUAAAUGGCACUGCUUCUCAGAAGAAAAGCCAAGUUUCAAAAAGUCUGCCUGAUAUAUUAGCAGAGCCUUCAGCAAGUGAAAGGCAUGAAUUUGUAAUGGCACAAUACAUAAAUGAAUUUCAG